CGAGCGGACACCCAGUUGACCCAGUAAGGACCUAGUGGAGAACCAGUGGCGACCGAAAUUGAUUCGCCGUCCUGACGGCAACGAACUAUCGCUCGAGCUUCGGACGACGGUACUGCUGACGAUACUCUAAGAUGUCGAGCGUCCCGCAGGUCGCCGCCGGGCUGAGCAAGCUCAAGAAGAAACACUUUCGCGUCAAGCAUCAGAAGGUCAAGUUAUUCCGCGCGAACGAGCCCCUCCUGAGCGUCUUCAUGUGGGGUGUCAAUCACACGAUAAAUGAACUGAGCCAUGUAAACAUACCGGUAAUGCUCCUGCCGGAUGACUUCAGGGCAUACAGUAAAUUAAAAGUUGAUAAUCAUCUCUUUAAUAAAGAAAACAUGCCCUCCCACUUCAAGAUCAAGGAGUACUGCCCUCUAGUCUUCCGGAAUUUGCGGGAGAGGUUCGGGAUCGACGAUCUCGACUAUAAGGAGUCGAUGACAAGAUGUCGCACGUUUAGUCCUUCGCGAUCGACGCGCCGCAAUGAGUUGGCGGCAUCCAAGGGAAGGACGCGCCAAUUGGUCCAGCGAUCCGCUACAGCUCCUUCGAUAACCCUCUCCCCUCCCUGCACCGCAUCCCUGGUCCCUCUCCUCGAAAGACCACAGCGCACCUACGGCUUUAAGCCCAAGCGAUUGAGUCGUUUCUUUUGUAGGUCCCAGCCCACUCUGGAUGAGAGCGGAGCCAAGUUCUACCAGUCCUAUGACAAGCUCUUCAUCAUCAAGACCCUGACCAGCGAGGAAGUCGAGAGGAUGCACUCCUUCUUGAAGCAGUACCAUCCGUACAUCGUCGAGAGGCAUGGAAAGACUCUGCUACCGCAGUACCUGGGCAUGUAUCGGCUGACGGUGGACGGCGUCGAGCACUACGUCGUCGCUAUCAGGAACGUCUUCUCGAAUCAUUUAACGACCCACAGGAAGUUCGAUCUGAAAGGCUCGACGGUGGACCGAGAGGCCUCCGACAAGGAGAAGGAGAAGGAUCUACCGACUUACAAGGACAACGACUUCGUCAAGGAGGGAAUGAAGAUCUACAUCGGGGAGGAGGCUAAAGCAAAGCUCAUAGAGACCUUGUCCGCGGACGUCGACUUCCUCACUCGGUUGCACCUGAUGGACUAUUCGCUGUUAUUGGGUCUCCAUGACUGUGCACGCGCCGAGCAGGAAAACAGGGAACGUGCCGAGAGAGAGGAAGACGAGGACAAUCACGAGGAAGAGGAGGACAGCGAGUCCGGCAGCGGCUUGGACUCCAGGGGGCCCAUGGGAGAUCGCGGUUGGGGCUGGGGCGGAGUAACCGGAAUGGCCACACCUCCGGAAUCACCUCACGCUGCACUUAUGCGAGACACCAGCCUUCAGUACGAAGACGCUAUAAUUCCCGAGUUAGACAUUUAUGCCAUUCCCAGUUCAGAAGGUGCACCGACGAAGGAGAUAUACUUUCUGGCGAUAAUCGACGUGCUGACGCACUAUGGCGUGAGAAAGCAGGCGGCGAAAGCUGCCAAGACCGUUAAGUACGGGGCUAACGUCGACGGAAUAUCAACCUGCGAUCCAGAACAGUAUGGGAAACGUUUUAUAGAGUUUAUGAGCAAGGCGAUAGAAUAAGCUGUGAUUGGCGGCUCGUAUGUGACGAGCGCUAGUGAGGUUGGAUCGUUCGAUUUAAAUGAUAGGAACCGAGGAGAGCAGCAUUGCUUCCUUACGAUGGCAUCGGAGCGCAAAGGGGUGCUUCUUUGCGGCGAGGCACCUUGAACGAAACAUUUGAAACUCUAUUAAGUUGAUGUUUCACUAACACUUUUGCUCCAUUAAUGAGAAAUAUGAUUUCGCUUGUAUAUUGGUGCAAAGAAGAGACAAGUAUUCCUCCUUUGGUUCCGCGUCAGAGAUUCGUUUGAAAAUGUAGAAGUGUGGAUUUUACAGUUUUGUCGAGACAAAGGAGGAGUACAAAGUUUCUUUCCGGUUAGUCGCGAAGUUAUACAAUGUUUAAUGUAGAAACGAGCCGCUGUUGGAGAUCCUUAAUUUUCUACGCGAGUCGAAGGGCAUGUGAUCUCAGUGUAAAGAUACAGUUUUCCUUUUCUCUUCGUAGCGAUCCAUUUGAAACAUAAGAGAUUACUUAACGUUUCAACGUCGCAAGAUUUUAGGAGACCUUCGGACACAAAGGACUGCAGUUUAACUGUGAGAGAUCUAUUUGUUUUCAACACAUCGAACCAGUUCCUUCGUUGGGUGGCAGAUAUGACAAAUAAAUCUUUCACUGCGAGUCCCUUCUUUCUUUAUGCACAGUGCAUUCCGCGUUCGAAUGCGUAUUUUAAGAGUUAGGUAUCGUUAGGCUCGAUUCAAAAGUAAAUCUGGAAAAGAAGCAAGAAUCCUCGAAGUGAUGUGGCGUCGAUGCGGUCAAUGCUCUUAAAUCAAACUUUUGCACACGUAAUCCUCAUAGAGCAUUGAGUCAAUCGAUAUGCACGACUUUUAUCGCGUCAAUGCACUUAUCUUCGUGACACGAGUUUCUGUAAUUUCAAAUCGAUUGUACUUCUGGAGUUCCUUAGACAGUUACCUUGGAUAGUCUCGAAGCGAUGGAUUUACUCGGCGCACUUGAAUUAUGUCGAAUUGAAUCCAUUGAUACAAUGUGCUCGAAGCAUGAAAGCAUAAAAAAAUGGAUCGAGGCACAGGCCAAUGAAAUGUCUAUCUCAUUCGAGUCUUCUUGAGUUCUAACAAGCUUCGAUGGAGAUCAGGAAGCUUCUCAACCUUCGAAAGCUUCGAUGGGUCUCCAUGUAUCGAUGUGAGGGGAUCCAAUAUAUAAAUAAUACUGUAUGUGCGAAUGUUAUAUUAUAUUUAAGAGCUUUGAGAUAUACAUAUAUAUAAAACUAGCAUGUAAGGAUAAGGAUAUACAUAUACAUAGUUAGGCGUGCGACGUCGAGUUAUCGUAAACCUUUUGUAAAUUCGUACCUUCGGUUCUCUACGCCGACCGGCGCUCAUUGCCCGUCCAAGUCGCACACCAGUCAAUUCUCUAAGAGAAUCGAGGGGCAAUUGGCGUCGAUCGCCUCCCUUCUUAUUUCUUUAAAUAUUGCUCAAUACAUCGAUUUAUUAACAAUUUAUCCUGAAGCUCCACGUAUUCUCUGUACACGCCGGAUGGGGAUGCGUUAAUAGGAAAGAUCCGUGCCGCGAUUAGUCGAGGGUCCCCGUUAAUACACCGAUCGCGAUGUCAGAAAUCUCUUUCUGCGUUAACGCUGAUUUCUGCUUUACGGCAAUAGGAUUUCGUUAUCGCAACGGAAGAGUGGCCAUCUUCUUAGCUUGUAAGACUGUGUCCAAUCUACGGCGAGAAUUCAGCGACACUAAAGUGCUUACUGCUGCGUUCAUCGAAAACAUCAUAACUGUAUUUUCCUCCUUCUAGGAUAAAUAGAGUGUCAUAGUUGUAACGGAUCGCAGUACCGGAAGAUAUUGUAGACCAAAGUUGUUUCGUACAUUACUCCGAACAGCUGUCUUAAGGGGAUGCGAAUGUGGCAUCCGAAAGCUCAAUCGUUCAUGAAACUUUUCUCUGAACUGAGUGCACCGAAUCUUUUCAAGCUUCACAACGUGAAUACGGAGGCUGUAAAGAAGGUCCCGACACUUUUGAUUGAAAUUUGAUUUUUAAUAAAAAAUUGUUAAAGUACCUAUAAAGAAUUUUUUUAACAAUUUAAAUUCCAUGGGUGCCCGGACCCUCCUUGUAGCCUCCAUAUUCAGGUUGUAAACUUUGAAACGAUUCUAUAUACCCGGUUCAGAGAGGUUUCAUAAACGGGACCUCUUUGACGCCACUUUCAUAUCACCUUAAGAACAACCCAUUGUGACACGCACUGUUAGGGCAAAAGGAAGCCACGUCGAUCUCAAGCACCACGGAACAGAUAUAUUUGAUCGAAUUCCACAAAUAUUCUUAGGGUAUCGAUGAAACUUAACGCUGUAUCCGUCGAUGAAAACGUAACAACCUCCCAAACCUUCUUUCAUGGGGUUCGAUGGAACCCUGUAGUACAGAUCGGUGUAAAAUCUUAAUGCGUACUCUAGCAUUGGCAUGCUAUUUGCAAGCGCACUCGCUGUCUAUUAAUCCUAAUGUAAGGAGAAUGCGUGAGAGAAAUGACAAGAAAGAACGAACGAGAGGGAGAGGACGCGUACGACACCCUGUCUCUAAUUAACGAAAUAAUCAAUUUUGUAAUUUGUUAGUGGAGAUUAAGUCCGACGAUCGAUUAGCUUUAUCAAGUAAGGAACGUCUAGUCUCGAAUUCGAUCAUUUCUUAAGAUUUUCUGAAACACCGAGUAAGGUCUGCGUUAGGGGGUCACAGGAGGAGGGACACCAGGGGAAAGAACUAAGAAUAAUCAAUGACUUCCGCGUUGAAGAAGUCCCAUUAUGUGUCUUAGCGUUUCUAUUUUUCGAAGUACUCGCCAGUGGGUGUCUUUUGUUCCUUGCUGAGAAUUUCUUAUGACCAUGUGUAAAAACGCAUAAAAUUUCUAAGUUCCUACGAGGGUUUUUUUUUUUUUAUCACUUAUUGGCUCGCCCGUAAGAUCUUCAGCGUGCACUUUGUGUGGUGGCGUAAGAGCAGCUACUUCUGACUAGGAGAGCUCUUUCGAAGGACCUCUGUUUCAUCUUAAGAUGUUUCGCAGCUAAGGAGAUUUUUUUUAUAUUUCCAUUAAAUUGUCAAGUCAGAGACUGGUCUUGACGAUUAACAGUUUAGUGAGCCUCUCACAGAGAUUAUUCACUGUUAAUGUCAGAGCAGUGAUGGAUAAAAUAUAAUUAAAUUGUAAUUAUUUCACUGCGCUUAAUCCUCUUCUUCGAGUUCUCAGAGGUUCUUUGCGAAGACCUUAUUGUAUACACUUUGGUUAUUUUGUAACGCAAACGCAUCCAAUGCCACUAUAGUUUGGCAAGGUUUCUUUGUAAGUUCUGUUAAAGUUGUCGAGCGAGACCGGAAGUGGUCACAGAUGGUCCUGAAUUUAAAAAGGCUUUUCUAUAUCAGGCGUCAAGUCAUUCUUUUUAGCGGCUUAAAUCAUUCGUUUGGAGAGAAGAGUUGUCUGCAGAGUUAAUAAGAACAGUGUAAUAAAUUGCUGGAGAUAAA